AUGCUCUGUUGGCGAUAUGCCAUCCUACUGCUGUUCGCCAUCGUCUCGGAAGCCGGCGCCAUCGAGCCAUCGCCGGAUGACCUGUCGGUUUCGGCAGAGCGCACCGUUGACAUAUCGACGCAGGUAGUGAAAGUGAUCGUGAGAUACGAGCUAGUGAACAGUGGCAAUCAGGAAAUAAACAGUUUUUUGCAUGUGGUCCACGAGAAUGAGCACUCACGGCUGGCUUAUAUCACGGCGUCGGAUUCGAGAAAGGAUACGAAGUUACGAGUGAGCAAAAUCGAAAAGGCAAGAGCGGAUGUGAAGAAGGGAUAUGUAGCUUACAAGGUUGAGCUGUUGAAUAUGAUUCCACCAUCUGGCAAAGCUGUCGUUACUGUUGAAUAUCAUUUGGUGGAAUAUCUGGAACCGUUUCCGACCAAAAUUACGCAAGCCGAUACGCAAUUCGUCAUCUACAAAGGAAAUGCGCAUGUUUCGAGCAUUUACCCGGUUACCCAGGAAACAACUGUAGUUUUGUUGCCGAAUGGGAAGCUCGAAUCACAUACAACCGUUCCACCGACUCGACUUGAUGCAUACAAACUCACCUAUGGUCCAUAUUCGAAUCAGAAGCCGUUCACGUUUGUAUGCUUUUUUUUAAAA